GGAUGUGGCUCACUCCGACAUCCGCCCGCCCGGGAAGCUGCCGGAAGGUGAGGAUCUUCGUCUGAGGGACGUCACCUCAGGCUACCAGAACCCCAGGACUGGUUGGGUAUCAAGGUACCCACCUCCUGUACCCUCUUGCCUGCUGCCCCUGAGCACAGUCAUCAUGCCUCGCGGUCAGGAGAGUAAGCGCCGUGCCCGUGAGAAACGCCGCCAAGCUCGAGGUGAAGACCGAUGUCUCAGGGGUGCUCAAGCCACCGCAGCAGAGAAGGAAAAGCUGCCAUCCUCCUCCUCUCCUGCAUGCCAGAGUCCUCCCCAGAGCUUCCCUGCUGCAGGCAUUCCUCAAGAGUCCCAGAGAGCCAGCUACCCCAGCUCUCCUGCUGCAGCUCUUUCACUCACAAGUUCUGAUGAAGGUGCCAAGGGCCAAAAGGGGGAAAGUCCCAACUCCUUCCAUGGCCCAUCCUCCUCUGAGAACACAGAAAGAGAUCUUCUGAACAGGAAGACGGGCGAAUUGGUGCAGUUCCUGCUCAACAAGUAUAUAAAGAAAGAGCCCAUUACGAGGGAAGCCAUGCUGAAGGUUAUCAACAGAAAGUACAAGCAGCACUUCCCUGAGAUCCUCCGGAGAAGCGCUGAGAACGUAGAUGUGGUCUUUGGCCUCCACCUGAAGGAAAUGGACCCCAGCCGUCACUCCUAUGUGCUUGUUAGCAAGCUGGACUUUCCCAAUCAAGGAAGCUUGAGCGAUGGCGGGGGCUUUCCCCAGAGCGGGCUCGUGAUGGUUCUCCUGAGCACCAUCUUCAUGCAUGGCAACUGUGCCACUGAGGAAGAGAUAUGGGAAUGCCUGAAUGCGUUGGGGAUGUAUAAGGGUAGGAAGCACUUCAUCUAUGGGGAGCCCCAGGAGCUUGUCACCAAAGAGUUGGUGCGAGAAGGGUACCUGGAGUACCGGCAGGUGCCCAGCAGUGAUCCUCCACGUCACGAGUUCCUGUGGGGUCCCAGGGCCCAUGCUGAAACCAGCAAAAUGAAAGUCCUGGAGUUCGUGGCCAAGCUCAAUGAUACCGUUGCCAGUACCUACAAGUCCCAGUAUGAGGAGGCUCUGAGAGAGGAGGAAGAGCAAGCCAGAGCCAGAGCGGCAGCCAGGGCUAGCGCCAGGGCCAGGGCUAGCAGGUCCUUUCAGCCCUAGUGAAGUCUCAGGCAAUCCUCACUAAGAGAUUGAAAAGGGCUGUCCACCAUCUCAGUAUUUGGGGGUGAGGUGGGGCUAG